GCAAAGCAAGCACGAAGCACAAACCGGCUUAUAAAUAAUUUCUUGUCUAUAUUUUGUUUAGAAUAUCUUAAAAAAUGGCGGCGGCUAUGCCAAUUAACCCUAAACCAUUUUUGAAUAGCCUUACGGGAAAGGCUGUACUUGUUAAAUUGAAGUGGGGUCACGAAUACAAAGGACUUCUGGUAUCGGCUGAUGGAUACAUGAACUUGCAACUCGCUAAUACAGAGGAAAUCAUUGAAGGUUCAUGUACAGGUAAUUUGGGUGAAGUAUUAAUAAGGUGUAAUAAUGUGUUGUAUGUAAGAGGGGCAGAAGAAGAAGAUGAAGAAGGGGAAAUGAAGGAAUAGUUAAAAUUUAUAUUAACAUGCCUCAUCUUAAGUAACAGAAAGAAGAGUUUAAUAAAUAAGUUCAUAAGAUAUUCAUUGGUACAGCAAUGUUUUUGUAUAUUACUUAAUUUAAAAUAGGCUAUGUUGUAUCAACAUUAAAUUUUCAAUGUAUAAGUUGUAAGAAAUAAGUUGAUAUAGCGGGAUGACUGUUUCCAUUUAAUUAAGUAAAUUAAAAAUUUGUCAUAUUA